GAGAGAUGUUAAUUAUUUAACACCAGCCAAACAUCCCUUGACAUAACAAGUUAUAAAAAAUAAUCCUCCGCGGUAUUUCCGGAAGUUGUGCCGGCUGUCGGAACCGGAAGUGAAGUCACGCUACGGCUGUACACUUUUAUUCAGAAGAGAAUCAGAGUCGCUCGUGAUAGAUGCCAGAAACUGAUGAUUGAGAGCGUGAUCUGGACGUGAUCGUUCCUGGAUGGAGUACUGCUGAGCGAACACAAUCCGCAGAAGAGCGUCAUGUCUCUGCCGGAGGAAGCAGGGGAUCGUGGGAAGGAGAGGGAGCGCGGCGCGCGCCCCAAAGUGCGUCAGAGCCGCUCCGAGGAGAGACGAGACGGAGGGAGGCGGAAGAAGAAGAGCCAGGCGUCACACGACCUGACCUCGGAGCGGCCCCUGAGCGAUGGCUUCGAGUAGGGUGAGGUGAUGUGCUGAGUGGAGUGGAGGAGCUCGUCCUCUCAGGUGCUGGGAUCCUCCGGCUCCCUGCCGUCCGAAAGGGGCUCCACCAAACUGUCCCUGGGCUGUGACACGGAGAGCAGGGCGUCCGGAAGCAGCAGGACGCUCCGGCAGAAGAUCCAGGACGCAGUGGGCCAGUGUUUCCCCAUCAAGACCCACAGCCAAGUCCUGUCCCCCUCGCCGUCCUCCAGGCGCAAGAUCCUCCUCAGCGAGCUCAUGCUGGACAGCUGUCCGUUCCCCGCCGGCUCGGACCUGGCGCAGAAGUGGUACCUCAUCAAACAGCACACGGCUCCCAUUUCUCAAGCUCCGGUCCCAGACUCCGGAUGCACGCUUGCUGUGGAGGACGAGGAGGACCGCUUGCGAGAGCGACGGCGGAUUAGCAUCGAGCAGGGAGUCGAACCUCUGCCCAACGCUCAGAUCCACACCUUCGAGGUGACGGCGCAAAUCAACCCGCUUUACAAGCUGGGACCCAAGCUAGCUCCGGGGAUGAACGAGCUAGCCGGAGACGAGCGCGCCACGCUGCUGCUCCAGAGCUGCUUGGACACGCUCGAUGAGGUCACCGCGUCCACCUCUCCGUCUGACUUCGACUCGGGCGCUGCGUCUCCGUCCCCGCGCUCCCUCACCGCCGCGACUCUAGCUCAGCCGGACAGUCCGAAAUCACAAGACGGACUCCAUCGCAUUCACACGCAGAUCGAUUACAUCCACUGCCUAGUCCCCGAUCUGCUCCGGAUCACAAACCUGCCGUGCUACUGGGGCGUCAUGGACCGAUACCAGGCCGAAACGCUGCUGGAAGGCAAACCCGAAGGCACGUUUCUCCUGCGUGACUCUGCACAGGAAGACUAUCUGUUCUCCGUCAGCUUCCGGCGGUACGGACGCUCGCUGCACGCACGCAUAGAGCAGUGGAACCAUAACUUCAGCUUCGACGUGCACGACCCCAGUGUGUUCCACGCGCCCAGCGUCACCGGCCUGCUGGAGCACUACAAAGACCCCAACUCCUGCAUGUUCUUCGAGCCGCUGCUGUCGAACCCCAUCCACCGCACGCAGCCCUUCAGCCUGCAGCGCAUCUGCCGCGCCGUCAUCAGCAGCGCCACCACGUACGACGGCAUCAGCGCCCUGCCGCUGCCCAGCGCUCUGAAGGAGCACCUGAAGGAGUACCACUACAAGCAGCGCGUGCGCAUCCGCAGACUGGACACCUGGUGGGAGUGACCGCUGGCUCGGGUGCGGAGACCACAAGUGCCACGACGCGAGUGCCUUCCGACGCUCCUCCUUUUGAGGUUUAAACGCUGUUAGCUGAUCGUCAUGAUGUCUUAACCGAGCAAGCCUUCGUUCUGUUAGAAUGUGUCUUUAUCAAGACGAGUGCUGCAUUUGGGUUCAGACCAAGAACCAUAACUGUAACGAUGACCGAAACCCUUACGCUGACCGCUGAAUGUCCUUUUUUAAAUGAUAUUAGACCACGUUUUUAUUCAGAAAAUAUAUUAAUGGACUUUUAA